GUGGGAUAAAAUUUAAGCAACCUUUGAAAGGAUUAUAUUGAUAAUCUGCUAUUCUGUUUAUAAACAAAAACUUAAUCUCUGCUGAUUCCACUCUUUUAAUUUUGGCUUAUGUAAAUUUCAAUGAAAAGUACAUAAAGAGAUUUUGUUGUCUUAAUGAAAGUCUUGAAGAGUAAUAAGCUAAUUCAUUAAUUAUUAAUGCACUAAAGUAGAUAUUUAGAGAAAAAAUACAACAUGGGUCAGAUUGAAUGGGCUAUGUGGGCAAAUGAACAAGCAGUUAUCUCAUCUGGAUUGUUAUUCUUGGGUGGUUGUUUAGCAGUAUCUAGCAAUGGAUUUAAUGAGACUUACAAACAUAAAAGAUGGGAGAUUGGAUCAUAUGCAGUAGUGUUGUCAAUUCUUUUGCUACUUUUGGAAUAUCCACGAAGUAAAAGAAGAAAAGGAAACACCUUGCAAAGAAGUGGGCAAUUUGUAUUAACAAACUUCGUUUCAUUCUUGAAGAUUUUUGGAAGAAAUUAUUUCGUCAGAUUUGUUUUGUAUCUGUUAGCAUGCAUCCCGUGUCUUCUAAAUCUUGGUUGCGUGAUGGGCGCCACAUCGCUUCUCGUUGCUGCGUUGAUUUACCUACGUGCUGCGAUUGCUGGCGAGGAGUGGACACCAUGUGAACGCAUCAUAAACAAUCAAAGAACAUUAACUAGAGACAGACCUCCAUCCAUGGCGCCUCCCCGAUUGAGUCCACCAAGCAAUAACUACGUUGUGGACGAAGAUGGGGAUGAUUAUGAAAACGUGCCAAAAGCUAAACCUGCUGUCUGACCGUAUAUAAUUUUUUCGUAUGUUAUAUUGAUCAAGUUUGUUUUUUUUAUAUUAAUUUUUGGACGUAAUAUAUUUUUGUACAUUAUUUGAUAUUUUUCUACACUUUUUAUAUUUUUUGAUAUUUUAGUACACCCAAUAAUAAUUUGAUUCCAGUUUUUCUCAACUUGCGUUUAUUCCAUUUCAUUCUACUGGUAAUAAAAAGACAAACAGCGUUUGAUGAUCAUAGGUUGCGAACCAACUAGAAUUUUUAUUCCAGAAAAUAGCCGUUAUCUUUCCAUAAUUUUUGCUCUAUCAUUGUGCUUUAUCCUAGAGCUUUUUUUCAAUCUAGUUUAUUCCUAUAUAAUAUGGAACGCUAUUGUACCACCCGCAUGUCUACAGCAUGCGUAUAGCACGUGUGACAUUUUAACAAUAAUAAAGUAUAA